AUGGGCUCCUCGAAGGUUUUAAUUUCUCCAAAAGUGAUCGGUUUAUUAAGCUUGUUUAUGGUCUUGAGUAUCAUCGGUGCCGCAGAAGUACGACCUCCACCGGUAACGGAAGCAACGCUUCAUCAGAUAGCUGCUUCUUUGCAAAUGUACGUGGAUGAACUUCCACAAAUUCCUAAGCUACUGGGCUACACCCCUAGUUACGGUGCACCAAAACCAGGAAAACUGACUAUUGGAAUGUACAAAACCACUUGGAAAUUUCAUCGUGAUUUUCCUCCAACAACUGUCUUUGCUUAUGGAACAUCGGCAGCAGCAGCAACGGUUCCAGGUCCACAAAUAGAGGCCAUCCAAGGAGUACCAACUUAUGUCACCUGGCUAAAUUAUCUACCUGAUCAUCACAUACUUCCCUGGGAUCCUACGAUCGCGACUGCCAUACCCAAAAAUGGAGGUGUCCCUACCGUGGUCCAUCUUCACGGAGGAAUCCACCCACCGCAAAGCGACGGCAACGCUCUAGCAUGGUUUACGGCCAAUUUUCGCGAGAACGGACCCAAAUGGACCCAAUCAACAUACAUGUACCCUAACGUACAACAUGCUGGAAAUUUAUGGUACCAUGAUCAUGCCCUUGGUUUAACUCGUGUUAACCUCCUAGCCGGCCUAAUUGCACCUUUUGUUAUCAAGGAUCCAGCCUUAGAAGCUAAAUUAAACCUUCCUUCCGGCCCUGAAUUCGACCGACAUCUCAUGAUCUUCGAUCGUAGCUUCUACAUGGACGGAUCAUUGUACAUGAAUUACACUGGUGACAAUCCCACAAUCCACCCCCAGUGGCAACCAGAAUACUUUGGUGAUGCAAUGAUUGUUAAUGGUAAGGCGUGGCCGUGCCUCAAGGUACAACCGAGAAAGUAUAGAUUUCGGAUAAUCAACGCCUCCAAUGCCAGAUAUCUCAGUCUCUCCUUGACAAAUGGCCUCGAAUUUAUCAUUGUCGGCUCCGAUACAUCAUAUCUUCCAUCUCCUGUGACCUCAUCGAACAUUCUCAUAGCACCAGCUGAGAUUUUUGAUGUUGUGGUUGACUUUUCAUUGGCAAAGGCUAGCGAAAUCAUGUUGACUAAUGAUGCUCCUUACCCCUAUCCCAACGGUACUUCUCCGGAUCAACUUACUAGCAAGGUUAUGAAGUUUAUUAUCAAGCCAGAGGCUCCAGUUCCUUAUGAUAAAUCAAGUGUUCCACAAGGUCUAAAAACUUAUGCUACCAGUUCAAUCACUGAAGCAACAACUAAGAGGUACAUAGUCAUGUAUGAGUACCAGAGCUCCACAGGGAACCCUACACACCUAUUAAUAAAUGGCAAGAGAUUAGUAGACCCUGCGACAGAAACACCAAAAUCUGGAAGUACUGAGGUGUGGGAGGUGAUAAACUUGACUGGGGAUAAUCAUCCUCUGCAUCUUCAUUUGGCUGAGUUUCAAGCAAUUAAAGUACAGCAAUUGGUGGAUUUGGCUGGAUUUACAACAUGCAUGAAGGUGAAAAAUGAUGCUAUUGCCUGCAAUGUGACAUCCCAUGCCACAGGAAGUUUGCUGGAUAUUCCAGCGUAUGAGAAAACAUGGAAAAAUGUGGUCAAGAUUGAACCUGGCUACCAAACUACGGUGGUGGUUAAGUUUAAUCUGGUGGAAAAUGACGUACCUUAUCCUUUUGAUGCCACUGUAGAACCCAAUUAUCUGUACCAUUGCCAUAUUCUUGAUCAUGAAGAUAAUGAGAUGAUUCGCCCACUGAAGCUAGUGAAAUAA